AUGGUAGGCUCACGUUUUGACACUUUUGAAGGCAAUUUUACAGAUCUGCGAAAAGACGUUCAACAGCCGGAACAGUCUGAAAGCGCACCAGAACCGUUAUGACUUGCUCGUCACUUGCAAGUUUUGCGGCAUCAAUUCGGGCACCUACAGGUGUAUUCAGGUAACUGAACAUUCACUUAUUUCGAUUUGAUUUGGUUGAAUUCACAGAUACAUAUGCACAAAUUCCAUUCUAAACCUGCUGAAAGACCUGCUGAAAGACAUGAGUGCUCUCUUUUCUUUGAUCAACAGACGGUAAGACAAUACCGCCCAUUCAAAGCAAUGCAUCUCAGUUGCCGGUGAAGAUAUCUCAAAGUUGUUAACUGAUAGAAUGUGCACAAUGACUUGAUAAACAUUUCAUCAGUUGACAGCGUUUUGAUAUCUUCAACGGCAAUUGAGAUAUGUUGUCUAGAAUGACCAAUAUUUGGGUGCCUAAAGUCAAAGUCAGUCUUUUUCAGGUGGAAUCUCAGCAACAAAUAGUUCCAGAAAGUUCUCAGAAAGUGUUCAGCCCACCAGUGACAAGUUAUUCUUCGCCCGAUGAGACAAUAGUCCGAGUGAAAACAUUUAAGGUACUUUUGAGCAAAACCUAACUCGCUAGGUACAAUCAAGGUGUCUUAAGAAUAUCUUUAGAUUAUUGCUGCAUUAUUAAACAUUCCAGGUGCGCACGCGUGCUCAUUCCUCCCCACACUAUGACAUUUCCGAUUAUUUCUCCACUGAUUGUGAGAAACCUUCAUCGAAACCAGCAUUGGAAGUGGUAGGCGUUUGCAAACAAGGUUCAAAUCAAAAUUUCCAACAUUUCAGAGAACUUUCACGUGCACCGUUGUCUCCAAGCGUGCUCCUGAACAAAUUCGCUGUCCAUCUGGUCGCUCCGAGCCUACAGAUGACAAAACGUUACCUAAAGUAGGCGUUUGGAAUUGGAUCGUUCUGAAAUGGACUAAUUUCAGGAUAUUCCUCUAAAUCAUGCCAAAACGCUUGUAUCCUACCAAUUGGAGUCGGCUCCGGAGAGCACAAAGAUGCCAUAA